GAUGGAAAUUCUAUGAUGCAGAUGAUUACCAUCCUCCAGAGAAUAAAAAGAAGAUGGCAGAAGGCAUACCAUUAAAUGAUGAGGACAGGAUUCCAUGGCUUUGUGCAUUGCAUGAUAUUCUAAAGAGAGAAGACUCAUCUAAACAAGAUGCAGUUAUGGCUUGUUCUGCCCUAAAGAAGAUGUACAGGCGUGUAUUGGGUAGUGGAGCAUCUGCAAUCGAAAGCAACCAGCCAGAGCUACCAGGAGAAAACCCAGCACUGAAGAUCCUCUUUGUCCAUUUGGAUGGGCCUAUGGACAUCAUUGCUGGCCGCCUGGGGAAGAGGAGAGGUCAUUUUAUGCCACCUGAACUUCUCAAGUCUCAGUUCAAUACUCUGGAGCCUCCUAGUGCACCAGAAAACUUCAUUACUGUCAGUCUAGAAAAAUCUCUCUCUGAAAUAGUGCUGGAGAUUGAGAGUGCCAUCCUUCAUGGUGAGGCUCUGCAGGAGUAAUUUUCUGAAUGACACAUAUAGAAAUGCCCUUAAGGAUAUCAAGGCGAUGAAUCUGGAUUUUAAUUAUUAAGUUGAUUAUUAAAUCAAACCAAUUU